GGAGGUGACACGUAAUUGAGGUGCCAGGGAAGUUGCCUUUGUUCCUCUCAGGUGGCGACGACAGAGCCACCGGCCGGGCUGGUCCUCGCCGUGGGGCUGGGAUAAAGAGCAGGGAGCCGCCCCCGCCCCGCCGCUCCUCUCCCGCAGGCCGCCGUAGCCCAGCUCCCCUGCAAGCCCCUGCCGCGGGGACCCGGGACAGGCGAGCGGCGGCCGCCGCCGGAGGGUCCGGGCAGCCCCGCGGCCGCAGCAUGCGGCUGGGCCGCCCGCCCCGCGCCUUGCAGAAUCCGGCCGGCUCCGCUCCGCCGCGCAGGGCCCGCACGCAGGGGGAAGCUGCCCGGGACGUCGCGGCCGCGGCGGUGCCCAGGGGCUGAGACGCUCGGCCGGUCCCUCCCCUCCUUCGUUCCUCCCUUCUACUCCUCCUCCUCCCGGCGCGGGCCCGGGGCCUCCGAUGUCGCCGCCUCGUCGUCCUCCACCUCCAGCUGCCCGCUGCUAAGGCGUGAGGGGCGGGGGCCCUCGGUAUCCCCCGCCAGGGACAUGGGCAACGGGAUGUGCUCCCGAAAACAGAAGCGGAUUUUCCAGACUCUCCUGCUCUUGACUGUGGUCUUCGGCUUUCUCUACGGAGCGAUGCUCUACUACGAGCUGCAAGGCCAGCUGAGGAAGGCAGAGGCCACGGCGCUCAAGUACCAGCAGCACCAAGAGUCCCUCUCAGCUCAGUUACAAGUUGUAUAUGAGCACAGGUCAAGAUUAGAGAAGUCAUUACAAAAGGAGAGGCUUGAACACAAGAAAGCAAAAGAAGAUUUUCUCGUUUAUAAACUGGAAGCACAGGAAACACUAAAUAAAGGAAGGCAAGACUCCAACAGCCGCUACAGUGCCCUGAGUGUGCAGCACCAGAUGUUGAAGAGUCAACAUGAAGAGCUAAAGAAGCAGCAUGCCGACCUUGAAGAAGAUCACCGCAAACAAGGGGAAGAGUUUAGCAGAACAUUCAAUGAUCACAAGGAGCGAUACUUGCAGCUGCAGCAGGACAAAGAGCAGGAGAUCUCUAAGCUGAAGGCAGAAUCCCUCUAUAACUUACGGGAGGAGAACAGACAGCUGAGGAAAGCUCACCAGGACAUACACACCCAGCUACAAGAUGUUAAGCAACAGCAUAAGAGCUUACUCUCCCAACACAACCAGCUUGUAGUGACUCUGGAAGACCACAAGAGUGCACUAGCUGCUGCACAGUCCCAGGUGGAGGAGUACAGACAGCUGAAGGACACGCUCAACAAAAUGCCAAGUUUCCGACAGCCUGAGAAGGUAGAACAGCCAAACGAGCAGCCAGAGGUGGGAGCUCCAUCUCUCCCCAGUGACCUGAUGCACCAUGAAGCUGUGGCUGAAGAGCAUAAGGAGAAUGAGGAGCCAAAAGAGAGAGAAGAAAUAAACACCCAGGAAAAAGAAGAUAGAGCUGAGUCUUUUCAUCUGCACAGAAGGGCUCAUGAUGGCCAGCAUGCCAAAGAACUAAAUAUCCAGGAGCAACAAGAGGCUGGAGAGGACGAUGAGCAGCAUGUUGAUCGAGUUGAAGAGGAACGCAAAAAAGAGCUCGAAGAGGAAGAAAUGGAGCAGGCAGGUCAGCCUGAGCACCUGGAGGAGGAGCAGGAUCAAGUACCAGAAGAGCACGAGUGGAAAAACCAGGAACAGAAAGAAGAGGAAACCAAUAUGCUGGGUGAUCAUCUGCAUUCAGAGAUAACAUCAACAAAAGCUGUAACAAAGAGACAGAAGACAGCUUAUGAACAACAACUGGAGCAACAGCACCUUGCAGCCCAAAGAGCAGAGGAAGCCAACCAGCUGCGGGAACAUCAGGAAUCACUCCACCAGCAAAGGCUGCGAGGGCAGCUGCUACGGCAGCAGCAGCUUCAAGAGAAAGAGCUUCAGCUGCAGAAACAGGCAGAACAAGGAGAAAAACUCUACAAAACCAGGCUGAGCCAACAGGCUCAUUAUAACAUGGACCAUGAUAUUGUUCAAGGGGAAGAAGAUCAAGGGAUCCAGGAAGAGGAGGGAGCUUAUGAACGUGACAACCAGCACCAGCAUGGAGGUGAAGAUGAUGAGCAAAAGAAUGCAAAUGAACAGCAAGAACCAGAACAUCAAGUAGAAAAUCAGCAGGCUGAUGAAUCAAAGGCAGCCAUGGAAGAUGUGAAUCCUGCUGAUGACCCCAACAAUCAGGGAGAAGAUGAAUUUGAGGAAGCUGAGCAAGAGAGAGAAGAAAAUCUACCAGAUGAAAAUGAAAAGCACAAGCAAACCAGUCCAAAGCAAGGACACAGGGGAAUGGAAGAGCACCUAGUGAUGGCAGGAAAUCCUGACCAGCAGGAAGAUAAUGUGGAUGAACAGUACCAGGAAGAGGGAGAAGAGGAGAUCCAGGAAGAUUUGACUGAAGAGAAGAAACGAGAACUGGAACGCAAUGCUGAGGAGCCAUAUGGUGAAAAUGAGGAGAAUGCAGAUGAAAAGAAUAAUGGAGGGGCAGACCAAGAGAUGCAAGAAGAAACCAACCAAAAAGAAGUUCAUGAAGAAAACUAUGAGGAGGAAGAAGAGGAGGAGGAGGAUGGCAGAGCCAUUGCAGCAAAAACACGUAGACGGGGGGAGAUGUGAUCCCCUUCACUUGUUUGGGGUUUUUCUUUUGCAGCACACAAAUCCCUUUAAGGAUAUUUUAUCCAUUCUAGGAUAUUUAAUUUCCACAAAAAGAAUUGUGUUCUACACUUUUUACUUUUCUAUUAGGUGCUGCCAUAGGUUUCUAUGAAUAUGGUGUUUUGAUACUCUAGGUUAGGAUUUCUUCUCUAUUCAAGCUGUACAUAGGCAUCAUAGAGGUUUCACUGUAAUUCUGGGGGCGUGUUUUGUAAAGGCCAUUUGGGAAAACACUUUCACCUUGUCUGAGGCCAACAGAUAGGCUUGGUCUAAUUCCAGAUCCCUUCAACAUCUGAGGGAAUAUUUCUAGUGCCUAAACCCAGCAGGUCUCAUUCUCUUCCUUGACACAACUGCUCUGACCAAGGGCUGGCCACACUGCCUCUCCAAGGCACACUCUGGUGCUCAUGGAGGCCCAGGGGUAGUGUCAGUCCUUAUAACCUCAUGAGAUCCUUCAGCUCUUUGAAGAUAAGCACUUGCCUAACUCUUUGCAGGACCAGGCCUUUUCUAGGUGCAGAACACUUAUCAAAUAUGCAAGUUACACAAAGCCUUCAAAAUGCAGCCAGGUUACCAGCUGUUAAUUUUGGCAGCUGUUUAUAUACAAUUAAAGUGAUGCAUUUAUUUUAAUGAGCAUACCUAGGUACUUCAAUUACAUGCACUACAUAGCAGAGAAUGCAAAUGGUGCUGUGCUGGGAUGAGAUGCGAGCUAGAAACCAAUUUAGGCUUGAAGAGCCAUUAUGCCAAAUCAAAACACUACAGCUGUCACAGGAAUGAAGAUUUGCAGAAGGAGCAUUUCUUGGUUUUCUAGUUAAUAGAUAAAAUAUUUGACCAGAGAAAUAGAAUUUCAUGGCCUGGGUGCUGUGCUUCCUGGAGCCUGGUGAACAGGGUUAAGGCAUGUUAAAAAAAUAUUCUUCUCUUUGAGAGUGGCAGAGCACUGGCCCAGGCUGCCCAGAGAGCUUGUGGAGUCUCUGUCCCUGGGGGUAUUCAAAUCCCACCUGGAUGUGUUCCUGUGUGAUUUACCCCGAGUGAUCCUGCUCUAGGCAGGGGGGGGUUGGACUAGAUGAGGCCCCUUCCAACCCCUAACAAUCUGUGAGUGUGUGAGCUGACAGGAUUGGUGCAAGAUGUUAAACUAAGGCCUUUACCUUCUCUUACUUAUUUUUAUGUCAAUGCUGGAAGGAUUUCUGUGUCCUCUAGUGCAAAAAAAUCAGACUGGAGACUGCCUCAGUCUGGAAGCUGGGAAAGACAGA